AUGACUUAUAUUGUUCAUUACUUAGAACAAGCCCGACACGUCGACACCGAUAGAUUCAAAAUGGCCGAACCGCACCGCAGAAUCAAGUCCGCACUGAUAAUGAGGAACGAUAACAGUUUGUGUCAAAAAGUGUGCUCCACGAGUAGAGUCUUAAGACAAUGGAACAGAACGAAUAGCGGCAUAAUAAUACUAGAUAAAAAGAAGAAAAAGAAUGCUCUACGCACUUUUGAAGAAUUGAAAAGUAAACAAAUACACACCACGAGAUCUGCACACCAGGCGAUAGCAUUCAAAUUGUCGGACAUCGGCGAAGGAAUACGUGAAGUCGUCAUAAAGGAGUGGUUUGUAAAAGUGGGCGACAAAGUGCAACAGUUCGACAAUAUUUGCGAAGUUCAAAGUGAUAAAGCUUCAGUCACAAUAACUAGUCGAUACGAUGGGGUUGUAACGCGUCUUUACCAUGAAGUGGAUCAAACCGCUUUGGUGGGCCAACCGUUAGUAGAUAUAGAAUUAGAAGGAACGACAGCGGAAGAUGCACCAAAAUCAAAAGAACCAGCUACCAAAGAAACAAAUGAAACCCAAAAAGAACAACAGAUAAAUAGUUCUAGCAAAAAAGAAAAGAUUCUUACCACACCGGCUGUUAGAAGAAUUGCGUCUCAAUUUAGGGUAAACUUAAGUGAAAUACCAGCUACAGGAAGGAACGGUCGCCUGCUGAAGGAAGAUUUACUGUCAUACUUGAAUAUUAGUUCUGAUAAAUCAAACGAAGUACCUGAAUUUGCUAAUAUACCCGCCCCUACGGCUCAAGUAGCUCCCAAACCUGAAGUUAUAUUGGAGGAUAAAAUUGUCCCUGUCACUGGAUUUACGAAAGCCAUGGUUAAGUCAAUGACAGAAGCAAUGAAAAUACCCCAUUUUGGCUUUUGUGAUGAGUAUAAUGUAACAAAACUAGUUGAGAUGAGGGAAACACUUAAGAAAGUGGCACUUAGUCGGGGAGUCAAGUUGACAUACAUGCCCAUCAUUGUUAAAGCAACCUCAUUGACUUUAUUGAAUCAUCCAGUUUUGAACAGCAGUCUCGACAGCUCCUGUGAAAAUAUCAUCUUCAAAGCUAGCCACAACAUUGGUGUAGCAAUGGACACGCCUAAUGGCUUAGUUGUUCCUGUCAUAAAGAACGUCCAAAACAAAACCGUUUUGGAGGUAGCCAAGGAAUUAAAUCUCAUCCAAGAAAAAGGUGCCAAAGGUCAGCUAGGUCUAAGUGAUCUUACUGGAGGGACCUUCACUAUUUCAAAUAUAGGAAAUGUGGGAGGUACCUACACUAAACCCAUCAUAUUACCACCGCAAGUGUCAAUUGGUGCUUUAGGUAAAAUACAGGUCCUGCCGAGAUUUGACUCAGAGGGUAAGGUGGUACCUACUCAUAUUCUAACAGUAAGCUGGUCUGCCGACCACCGAGUGAUAGAUGGCGUCACCAUUGCAAGAUUUUCUAACGAACUCAAGAGCUACUUAGAAAAUCCUUAUAAUUUACUACUAGAUGUGUAA